AUGUUGUUACUCGCUUUGUUCUACUUUAUAUUACGAAUAUGUGUUAAUGGACAAGAAACUGCCACUGUAAAACACGAGGACUUCUUUCUGAAUCAACCGGUCGAUGGAGACUUGUCAAUGGUCGAUGAGUAUCAACGACAGGUUGCUCAAAUGCCUCGGCAGCUAAUUGGAUUACAAAGGAAUGAAAUGAUCAGUUUUGGUCAGUCUCCCAGUAUCUUCGACUUACUGCCACAACAAAGUCCAUUGGGUUUGCCUAUGCCAAGUUUGUUAAAUCUACCUACUCCACUACAAUCAUAUGCGUUGUUUUCUGAGAAUAACAACGUUCGACCUUAUCCUGGCUUAGCGUAUUACUUGGGUAACUACGGUAUCGACAAAAAGGAAAGACCAUCACCUCAUUUCGAAGCCAAACUAAAAGGUUAUCAGCAACCUUCGAAAAACGUGCAAACUCUUACUGCACAAACCAAGAACAAUCAGGUAAGUGAUUGUAUUUUAAAAUGUUAUACCUUUUUUACUAUAUUUUAAGUUUUAACUUACUCUUUUCCAGAACACUCGCGAAUUCUUUACACAAGCAAAGUUCGACACGAUUGCUUUGCCAUCAUCGUCUUAUCAGGUUAACACGCCGAAACAUUUGAAGAUGGAAGGCACCUACGGUGAGCCAAUAAAACCCAUCGUAUCUGUUGGAGGUAACAUUGUGUCAUUAGAGAAGGAGACUAUGAAGAUUGAACCUGGCUUGACCAAGAUACUAAUUGGAAAACGUCCAAGCAGUACUGGAAGUCUUAUUGAUAAGCAAGCUGCAUUAGGAAGGAGUGAUGAAAAGGACCCGUUCGGCAUGACAGAUGAGGAAUACCAGGAGUUUCUUCCUACUUUUGCUGAACCAGAAAAUGACGACCCAGAAGAAGUUUUACAGAGUACUACGAGUUUAGUACAUGACGAAGCGACUACUGAAAGAUACGGUAAGUAAUAUUGACUCACCGUAACAUUGUAUUUAGAAAAGCAAGACAGCAACCAUUCCGGAGGAAUAAAGACGGUAUCUACUGCCGAAGAUGAGGCAAAUGACGAAGCAGAUAAACAAAAAUAUGUGGAUAUUACAGAAGAUGACAACUUGAAACCUUUGGUCAGUAAUAAGUUUACAAAAUCACAUAAAGCUUUGAGUGCUUAUACAAAGCCGAUCGCUACUCCAACUUCAACAUCAUAUUCAACGAUUAUGCCUCGAACAACUACUGCGAAAGUUGUUAAGAUAGCUGAAACUACAACCAUGAAGCCUGUAAGCGGUAGUUCAUUUGUCAGUGAAAUCACACCAACUGUCGCUUUUCGUAAAAUGGAAAUGAUACAUGGUUCUGGUCUUGAGAAGAUUGAAGCUCCGUCAGAUGAUGUCACAAUUGAUUUGGUUGUCAGCACUACUGAUGCGGCAAUCGAAAAAAGAAGACGAACGACAAUGAAGGAGAUUAUGACCACAGCACCGUUAGUCGUGACUACUGAAAGAAUUGUUCAAAAUCCAUCAAAAAAAGCUGCUUUGACCUCAACAGUUUGUACGACAGUUAGCCCUAAGUCUACGACAAAGACGGAAACAAAAACAACCGAAUCGAUUUCGAGUACUACAACAACGACAGAAACAAGCAGUAAGAACACUAUAACAAAAGAACACACUUUAGUAAAUAGUGGUAACACUGUAAGCCCUUAUAAGACAACUACAGAAAAGAUUACUUCAAAACAAGAAAAAGCUAAAAUUAAUAAAUCAUCAACAACCAAGGCUACGACAAAGUCAACAAAAGUAACUACUACUAAAAGACCGGCGACAACUACAACCAUUAUAACUACUGCAAGAACUAUACCGGAAAAGGAAGAAGAUGAAACUGUGCCGACAAGAACCACUGUUUUUGAAAAAAUCAACACGACAUUAUUAACUAAAGGACCCACAACUAAGACUACACCAAUACCUACAACAAAAGUUACGUCAAUUACUGCCGCAGCUACAAAAUCUAAAACUAGUACAUACAAAACUACUCCAAAAACAAAUUCUGCGACUUUUAUAACUACUUCUACGUUAAAAACUACAGCAACUACAAAUCCAGUUACUACCGUAUCAACUUCAACACCGCCAACUUCAAAACAGACUAAAGAGAUUGUUAACGCUACAAAACCCGUAACUUCAACAUACAAAUCACAGAAGAUGGAAAGGUUAAGCAUUUGGGAGAUUCUAGAAGGCAGAACUGAAAAUAACGAUGACAAUGAACGCGCUGCUUCUUUAACUGACGGUACGCUAUCAGAAAAUACCACUAUACAGCCAAAAUUGAAAAAGUUUCAAACUUUGGCCCCAAACACACUGUUUUCACUGUAAUUUAUAGAGUAAAAACAUUUACAAUAAUAACAUUGCCAUUCGGGUUUGACCUUCUGAUUGUAUGUAAAAUAAAUUAUUUGCUUAUUGAAUAAAAUAAAUAACUUAAAAUGACGUUUUAUACAUUAUAAAGACUUAUCGAGCCCUCCCUUAGCCGACAUGAUACUAGCUAGAAAAGGUAGAUAUGACCGACUCAUUAACGAGACGAAUGUCAUCUGAAAUGCAUUGAAAUUGGUAAGAUGACUCCAAGUAUGAAGUCGUUUUCGCGUCUGAAGAGAGUUUUGUUCUUGUAG